UAAAAUUACAAACUUAUUUGCGCCUAACUCAGGUACGUCUUCUAAUAGUACAGUAAAUGGUAUUAAUAAUACCUCAUCAAUUGGUAUUCGAUUUAUUAGAAACUUAGUUACCAAUUUAGUGAAUAAUGGAAUUGGAACUACAGCUAUAGUUUCUGGAUAUACUACAUCUUCAUCAGGAGCGGAUUCAUUAAUCAAUAAUAUGUUUACAAAUAUCUUAGGAACCGAAAAUAACGCAAAUGGAAUUUUAGGAUAUUCUGCUACGAGUAAUGCUAAUCACAUAAUAUGGAAUAAUACAUUUUAUAUGCCAAACUUAGCUUCACAAAGAACUAAUUUUGGAGCUACAGGAAUUAUGUUUCCUAGUAAUUUAGGUCUUAUUGAUGUAAGAAAUAAUAUCAUUCAUUUAGAUAAUGCUGCUUCUAACGCAGGUCCAUUGGGAACGGGUACGUAUGCUGCCUUGAGAAAUGCAACUAAUGCAACAGCAGGGGUAGCACCUACCAAUCUUAACGCAGUGAAUAAUAUUUAUUUUACACCUAAUAUUACUAAUUCAUUUUUAUA